AUGCCACCUUCGCCUACUCCGCCAGCUCUCAAUCCUACCAGGAUGAAAACCACGCUUAAAAUGGCAAUUUCCAAGCUCAAGUUUCUUCAGGAGAAGAAAACCGCUCUCACUAAACAACAGAGAAGGCAAUUGGCAGAUCUCUUGGGAGCAGGCAAAGAAUCCAGCGCCAAGAUCAGGGUGGAGAACAUUAUUCGUGAUGAUAUCUAUAUUGAGCUUCUAGAGUAUUGUGAGUUGUACUGUGAGCUUCUUUUGGCCCGAAUUCUGAUCAUUCUAGACGUCCAUCGUCCAACUGUGGAUCCUGGACUCAAGGAGGCAAUUCUGCUGGUUAUAUACUCGUCACAUCACACGGAAAUCAAAGAGUUAAUCUCGUUGGGUGAUAUGUUGAGAGUCAAGUAUGGGCACGAGUUUGCGUCGCAUGUGAUGGCUAAUGAGAACAAUGAGUAUGUGCCUGAGAAAAUCGUUAAGAGAUGCGGGAUUGAGCCACCUAGCGAGGUUUUGGUGGAUCUUUACUUGACAGAGAUUGCGAGAGCCUACGAGGUUCCAUAUUCGGGGCUUUCAAAGUUUGAAACGGAGAAAGAAGAGGAGGAUGAAGAUGAAGAUGACGAUGACGAAGGAGAUGGAGGUAUUAAAGAAUCUCUUGAGGAGCCAAUAGCCGAGGAGAUUGCAGCCAAACCGAGUGUGGUGAAGAAGCCGGUGUCUCUGCAGAAGAAAGAGCAGCAGGAUUUCGAUGAUCUUCGGGCCAGAUUCGCUGCGUUGAAGAGGUAA